GCGGCUGGAGGCAGAGGCAGCAGAGAGAGCGGAGAGCCGAAGCAGGCCGGGAGGAGAGCCGAGCCGAGCCGAGCCGAGCGGAGCGGAGCGGACAGCUGAAGUGGCCCCAUCAUCUGAGUGGCUCACCCAGAUGAACCACCACGGACCGGGACGCAGACCCGGCUCUGUGCUGGGCACGCGGAGCUAGGCGCAUGCGUUUGUGCCGCGCGGCUCUACUCACAACUUCUCCUCCACAGACUCUUUACUGUUGUUUCCUCCCGUUUUGAUUUCACCGCCGUCAUGGUGCUGGGCAAAGUGAGGGCCUUGGCGAUCUACUUUGACAGUCUGAAUGAGAGCAACCUGCCGGUGUUCUCCGGCGGAGAGCUGGUGUCGGGGAGGGUGGUGGUGGAGGUGACCGGGGAUGUGCGGGUGAAGAGCCUGGACAUUACCGCCAGAGGAGUCGCAAAGGUCCGGUGGACCGAGUCGAGGAACGCCGGAGCCAACACGGCUUACACUCAGAACUACACGGAGGAGGUGGAGUACCUGCACCACUACGACACCUUGAUAGGAGAGGAGAGAGAUGAGGACUGUCCAGAGGAAGGUCUGACUGUUCUGCACGCCGGCCUGCACGAGUUUGCUUUCAGCUUCAACCUGCCUCAGAUGGCUCUGGCCACUUCCUUCGAAGGGAAGCACGGCAGCGUGAGGUACUGGGUGAAAGCUGAGCUGCACCGUCCAUGGCUGCUCCCCGUCAAAGUAAAGAAAGAGUUCAUUGUGUUCGAACACAUCGACAUCAACACGCCGCUGCUGCUGGCCCCUCAGGCUGGUACAAAGGAGAAAACCCUGUGCUGCUGGUUCUGCGCCUCAGGCCCAAUCUCCCUCAGUGCCAAGAUAGAGCGAAAGGGCUACACACCAGGCGAGUCGAUCCAAAUCUUCGCCGAGGUGGAGAACUGUUCAUCCCGUGUCGUGGUGCCCAAGGCCGCUCUGUACCAGACCCAGACCUUCUUCGCCAAGGGCAAGGGCAAGCAGAUCCAGCAGCUGGUGUCCAACCUGAGGGGGGACCCUCUACUGCAGGGGAAGAGCCAGAGCUGGGAGGGCAAACUGCUCAAGAUCCCCCCGGUGUCCCCCUCCAUCCUGGACUGCCCCAUCAUCAGGGUGGAGUACGCCCUCGUGGUGUAUGUGGACGUUCCCGGGGGGCUAAAUUUGUCUCUGUCGUUGCCCUUGGUGAUAGGGACCAUACCUCUCCACGCCUGCACCACCCGCACCUCCAGCAUCAGCAGCAACUGCAGCACUUUGAGCUGGCUGGGCCUGCAGGAGAGACCUGAGGCGCCGCCGAGUUACAGCGAUCUGGCAAUAUCAGAAUCUCAAAGGCGGGACUGUCUGCAGGGCUGUGAUAGGUCUGCCAGGGAGGGAGACGACCACGGAUCUCUGCUAACAUACAUCACAGAGUUCAGAUAUCUGCCGCCGCCACUCUACUCUGAGGUCGACCCCUACCCCGACCCCGUGGAGGUGUGCGGGGCCGCGGACGUCAGGAGACCCGACACGUGUCCGUCCCGCUGAGGAGACGCCGCGAGCUCGGAGACGAGCAAACAAGACACCGUCACCCUCAGCUCCAGGCCCGCACAGCCAGCUUCUCACCAGAUUAUAUAUCACCAUAAAUAAGGCUAGACCCUCCCUGACCCGAGAGAGUCAGCUGAGAGAGUAUUCGGUGACCAUUGAAAUAUGGACCAGGGAUUUCGAGCCAUGCUGGAUCCUCCAUACCCUGUGCUCAAGACGAGGCGAAUAAAAAGCUCUCUCUGACGCCACUGUGUGACUCUGACGGGGCAGAAAGCAAAGAUGGCUCCCAGUGGUCAGAAGACGCCUCCUCCUGCCUCACAGUGAAUUUUGCACAUACCGUAAUUACUGUUUUUCUAUUGGUGGGUUUUAUAUACCGCAGACUGCCGCAGGCCUAUAUGCUACCGUAGAUUCUGUCCACAGACGUAAACCAUAUUGUAGUCUUUAAUCUAAAUGGCACAUUUAAAACAGGACAAAAGCUACCUUCAGCUAAAUGACGGCGUGAGCUUGUGAGCGUCGCGUCACUAACCAGACUUCAGGUGGAAGCCGUUCCGUUCUGCGAACAAAGCAAAACAAAGACAAAUUAGACGAAUGAUGUUUCUGAGGAUAAAUUGCGAAAAUGUGUCGCAUAAACAACAACCUCGAGCACUUAAAGUAAAGCUCAAAGUAUGUGUGUGUGUGGAUGAGUGUAUGACUGUGUGUGUGUGUGUGUGUGUGUGUGUUGGUUUAAAUGACCAGGUAUCAGCCCAAACAGGGUCUAGAGAAAAAGCACAACUCCGACCAACCAAGAUAAAGUACCACAAGUCGCCUGUUGGUUUCUGCUCUGAACUGAAGCUUCUCUUGCUGUAGAUUUUUCUAAACGUGGAUGUUAAGAAGCUUCGUGCUUUGCGAAAAGAAUGACAAAGUGUAAAAGAUAAAUGUUUACAGAUGAAUAUAUCAAAUUGAGAAUGUUGUUCAAACAUGACUUCUUCCACCUAAAACUUCAAAGUGCAAUAUAUUUUUGUAUUUGUGAUUUUUUUGCACUAGUUUUUCAUAUACUCUGUUGCUGUUUAUUCCAUUUCUGUGCAUUAUAUAUUAUUGUCAUGAUCUUACUGCUGUCAUGAUCAACUUUUGAUAAAAUAAAAGGUUUAUUUUAUA